AUGGCAUUGUUAGGUAAAUUGUUCUACAAGAAGCCGCCUGAUGGACUCCUAGAGAUUUCUGAAAGAGUUUAUGUAUUUGAUUGCUGUUUCACUAUUGAUCCUUGGGACCAUGAUAAUUAUAGAGGUUAUAUAGGAAACAUAGUAAGUCAUCUAAAGGAUCAUUAUCCUGAAGCUUCAAUUCUGAUAUUUAAUUUUCGAGAGGGAGAUACAACAAGCCAACUUGCCUCUGCUUUAUCGGAUCAUGAUAUGACCAUAGUGGAAUACCCUCGGCAUUAUGAAGGUUGCCCAAUACUCUCCAUGGAGGCAAUCCACCAUUUUUUAAGAUCAUGUGAAAGCUGGCUUUCAUUUGGGAUGCAGAAUGUUCUUUUAAUGCAUUGUGAGCGUGGUGGGUGGCCCGUUUUGGCAUUCAUGUUGGCUGCACUUUUGAUUUACCGUAAACAAUAUUCUGGGGAAUCUAAGACGCUUGACAUGGUUUAUAAGCAAGCUCCCACUGAGGUGGUACACUUAUUUUCGUCAUUGAAUCCUCUGCCUUCUCAGCUGAGGUACUUACAAUAUGUAUCUCGAAGGAACGUGGCUACAGAAUGGCCACCUUUGGAUCGGGCACUCAGUCUGGAUUGUGUGAUCAUGCGAAUGAUUCCUGAUGUGGAUGGAAAUGGUGGUUGCCGUCCUAUAUUCAGGAUUUACGGACAAGAUCCUUACAUGCCCGGUGAUAAAUCUACCAAACUUUUGUUUUCCACCCCAAAAUGGAGUAAGAAUGUUCGAUACUAUAAACAGGCAGAAUGUGAAGUUGUUAUAAUUGACGUAAAUUGCCAUAUUCAAGGUGACAUUGUGUUAGAGUGUAUCAACUAUCUGAUAGAUGAUGAUGAAGUGGAGCAUGAAAAUAUUAUGUACCGUGCUAUGUUCAACACAUCUUUCAUCAGAUCAAAUAUUUUAAUCGUAAAUCGUGAUGAAAUUGAUAUACUGUGGGAUGCCAACUACGAAUUCCCCAAGGACUUCAAAGCUGAGUUUCUUUUCUCUGAAAUGGACGCUGCAGCUUCUAUAGUCACAUUCGAUGCAUACUUUUUUGAUGAGAAGGACACUAUCCCUAUAGAAGCAUUUUCCAAAGUCCAAGAGAUAUUUAGUAGUGUGGAUUGGCCAUCUCCUACCCGCGAUGCUGCAAUUGACAAGGGUAAAAAACGUACCGUAUCAUCAGAGAAUGAUCCAAAGGCCUCUUCUCAGUUGGCUAAGGAGAAGCCCUUUGUUUCACAAGAACCCUUGGAUGCAUCCAGAAGAUCUGUAUCGUCUUCUACAUCAACGUCACCAAAGUAUCUUUCUGAAAGUGAACCUGUGCAUCCUUACCUUCGCGGACAGCAAGAGACACAUUUACAUGAAAGUACAACAUCUUCAAAAAAUCUAGCUGCUGGUGUGGAUAAAUCUCCAUCAGCCAAGUCAAACCAACUAUUAAAGGAAAAUACUGAUAAUGAACCACUUUCUCAAACACGUCCUCCAACUCAGCCUGCAUUCCCUCCAUCUAUCCAACCUAGCCCGUCGUUUAAAGACCUUGAAGUCAAGGUUGAGCCUUCUCUAACCGUACCUUCCCAUAAAAGUCCUUCAAGAUCAUCUAGGGAGGACCGGUCUGCAGCAGCACAAACAUCACACACCCCACGCAGAUCACAAGAUUCUCCACCGCUAUCUCCUCCAACUCCACCUUUAAAAGAGAAGCUAGCUACGGGAAGUGAACCUACUCCGCCACGUACACCACCUCGUUCAACCUCACCUUCACCAAAGAAAUCAACUGACAAACCUGGACCUUCUCCCUCAUCACCUCCUCCAACUGAAACCAAGAAAGAGAAGCUGGCUGCAACAGCUAGAACAUCUCCGACGCCACCAGUAUCACCACCUCAUGCAACUGCCCCUACAAAAGAGAAACCUGAAAGGACAGUUAGACCAUCUCCAACACCACCAGUAUCACCACCUCCUGCAACGGCAUCUACGAAAGAAAAGCCAGAAAGAACAGCUGGACCAUCUCUAAUGCCACCAGUAUCACCGCCUCCUUCAACUCCCGCUACGAAAGAGAAGCCAGAAAGAACAGCCGGUCCAUCUUCACUGCCACCGGUUUCACCACCUCCUUCAACUGCCCCUACAAAAGAGAAGCCAGAAAGAACAGCUGGACCAUCUCCAAUGCCACCGCUAUCACCGCCUCCUUCAACUGCACCUACGAAAGAGAGGUCAGAGAUGGUGACAACUCAAUCCUAUACACCAGCCCCACCACCAGCACCACUACCACCACCCCCUCCAACGAUAUCUCUAAAAGAGAUACCAAAAGUUGCACCACCACCGCCGCCGCCGCCAACUCCUCCGCCUGCAGGGCCAGGGAAAAACAAUGGAGUUGCAUCUCCAGUGCCACCUCCCCCUCCUCCAAUACCUUCUAAUCAAAAAGGAGGUGUUGUACCGCCGCCACCACCACCAUCAAGAGCAACCAGUUUGCCUGGAGCACCAGCUCCCCCACCACCUUUAGGUAGGGGACGUGGUCUAUCGUUGGCAAUGAAAAAUCAACAAGGGAAGAAACUCAAGCCUUUACAUUGGUUAAAGUUAACGAGGGCAGUCCAAGGUAGCUUAUGGGCCGAAACACAAAAAUCUGGUGAAGCUGUAAAGACUCCAGAAAUUGAUAUAAAAGAACUCGAGAAUCUCUUCUCAGCAGCAAAUCCUAAUCAAGACAAGGGUGGUCCAAAAUCAAAAUCUGCAUCAGUAGCUAAUAAACCAGAAAAAGUACAACUGAUUGAACAUAGACGGGCAUGCAACUGUGAGAUCAUGCUUUCAAAGGUGAAGAUACCACUAAAUGAACUGAUGGAUUAUGUCCUCGCUUUAGAUGAAUCAGCACUGGAUGUUGAUCAGGUAGAUAACCUUAUUAAGUUUUGUCCUACGAAAGAGGAGAUAGAUUUGCUAAAGAGCUACAAAGGAGAGAAGGAUAAACUAGGCAAAUGUGAACAGUUCUUCAUGGAGCUGAUGAAAGUUCCACGAACAGAAUCUAAACUCAGAGUUUUCUCUUUUAAGUUGCAGUUUGGGUCACAGGUUUCUGAUCUUAGAAAGAGCUUAAACUCGGUAAAUUCAGCUGUGGAAGAGGUCAGGAGUUCUUCUAAAUUCAAGAGAGUCAUGCAAACAAUUCUCACAUUGGGAAACGCUUUGAACCAAGGGACAGCAAGAGGCUCUGCCGUUGGCUUCAGAUUAGAUAGUCUCCUAAAACUUACAGAUACUCGUGCAAGGAACAACAAAAUGACCCUCAUGCAUUAUCUUUGUAAGGUGCUUUCUGAGAAACUCCCCGAACUCCUCGAUUUUUCCAAGGAGCUAGAGAGUUUGGAACCUGCAUCAAAGGUACAACUGAAAUAUUUAGCAGAGGAAAUGCAAUCUAUUAGCAAAGGACUCGAGAAAGUUGUCCAAGAAUUGUCAACUGCAGAAAAUGACGGACCAGUCUCUGAAAAAUUUAUAAAGGCAUUGAAGGAGUUUCUUUGUUCAGCUGAAGGUGAAGCACGGGCGUUGGCCUCGUUGUACUCUUUGGUGGGUAAAAAUGUUGAUGCUUUAAUUCUUUACUUCGGAGAGGAUCCAGCCCGUUGCCCAUAUGAGCAUGUUGUAUCCACUUUGCGAAACUUUGUGAGAAUGUUCAAUCAAGCACAUGAAGAAAACUGCAAGAAAUUAGAAGCUGAGAUAAAGAAGGCGGAGAAGGAUGCCUCAAAUGAAUUAUCAAAACCAUGUGAUUCCAAGAUGGAAUCAGAAAAAAUAAAAAAUUCUCCUAUCAAAACGGUCAAAUAAAUUGUCUUCUCAUUUCCCAAAUCAUUAAACUUUUAUUGGUGGGAAUAAAAAGGGCUCCGGUUGCAGCAUUUUAAGGUCACCGGUGCCUACAUUUUAUUCGGAGGUUGCUCCCAUGAUGUAUAUCAACAACGUAAAGAUGUAUAGUAUCAUUGUUUCUGCAGAAACUAUCAUUACUAUUGCCCGUGUAUCGAAGUUUGUGUUAAUUGAGUAACCUCGACAUUGAGUAUGGAGCUACAUAUUAUGACCAAGAGAUCUCCUACAAUUUUGUUUGGACGAGAAGACAUGUUCUCAAUCAUAGUGACAAUGAAUAAAGAGCCAUUCAUUCAUCCUCUAGUUUACUCUGCCAUUAUUAUCGGUAACAUGAGGGAAAAAGCAUAACGUGUUUUCUCUAAAUCGGCCAGUGAUCAACGUUGUGGCAUGAAAUUUGUCGGAUAUGUGUAAUUUUCAGAGAAACAAGAAAGCAAAAAAAAAAAAACGAGAGAAGGAAUGGGGAAUUGCUUUGUGGGCCCGAUUUGAGUUAGUUAUAGAAAGAUUGGUUCAGGAAUCGUGGUUAUAGUUGAUGUGAUUUGUAAAUUAUUCUUGUAGAGGGAUGAUGUUUCGUUUAUUUGCAAGUUAAGUACGUUUAUUCCAGCACAUGGUUAAUUUGUGAAA